GUUUUAAUAUAAUAUAAUGUCGACUACUAUGACGUCACUAAACCGGAAGUGUAGACAACCAGAGUAAAGAAGACAGCAGAAUGGCAGUUCCUAUUAAUCUCAAUGCAAUUAAGAAAGAUUUAACAGAAGCUUUAGGUGAUAGUAUUAACGCGUAUCAGCAGAGUCUGAAAGCAUGGUUUCGACAGAAGAUGUCAAAAGAAGAAUUUGAUACGGAAGCUAGGAAAAUGCUAAAGGCUGACAUGGUUCACUUACACAACCGCUUCCUUUUAUCCAUUCUAGCCAAAUGUCAAGUCUUAAGUAAUACACCAGCUCCUGCAGAGAAAUCGCCAAGUGCCUCAAAUUCUUCUCCAAAACAGAAACCAAAGUUAAAAAGGAAGGCAACAACUGCAACAACAAAUAGAAACAAUUAUACACAAAAAUUUAUACCUGUGAAUCCUAUUUCUUAUGCUCCAGUUGUUAGUCCACGCAGUUUGGAAGAUGACAUAAAUGUUGGGUUUUCUUCUCGAGAAGCAACAUUACCAGAUAUUUCCAUGGUUCAUGGUCGUAUGUAUGUUUGUGCCUGGGAGAAUGGCCUCGAUGAUGUGGCUGAGAAUGCUGUAAAGUUUGUCAUGACAGCGGUAGAAAGUCAACUUAAAGACAUCAUUGUGAAGGUGCUAGGGCGUAAAAGUGGUUAUAAACUCCGAGAAAAACGUUUUAAAUAUUCCAUUGGUUGCGAUGUUCCUAAUCCAUAUUUACGCCGAUCCCAGCUGAAAACAAACUAUUUCCGUGAAAGCAGUGAUGCAACAGAAAUAUCUAACAGUGGAAUUCAGACGCCAACCAUUCGGUUGUCAGAAGAAGCAGCAGAAUUGGAAGCUAUACAACAGCUUGCUUCAGUGUCAGUAAAUGAACAGAUGCAGAAUGACAAAGGACCUAUUACAUUAUUUCAUCUUUUAGAUGCAUUACAAUUAUACAGGAAUGUUAUCCCAUCACACUCAGUUUAUGUUCCAGCUGUGGAAAAAACUAUACAUCAGCUAAGUCAUUCCACUCAUGAAGAGUUAGAACAAGAUGUCAUUCACCAUCAAGAAGUAAAUAUCAAACAACAGUUGGCUAACCAACAAUACCAAUUACAAUUAGUUCUCUAAUGCUGUAAAUUUUUUAUCCAUCAACUGAUCCCUUCAUCAGCUGACUAUUAUAUCUGUUUCCAAUGCAAUGACAAUUAUUAUUUUGCAUAAUCUCCAUUGUUAACUUAAUUAUUGUUGUUCCCUUUCAACAAUGUCAACAAUAUGUGGAUUUCAUGUUUUAUAUAGUUAGCUUCUUGCAAGCUGCCUACCAUUCUGAGAACCUGUUCUAAUGCUCUCGAGAUACUGUGUUUAGACAAUUGACAUUUACAGUAUUUUCAUAUUUUGGUAAUCUUGCAAGUUCUAAUUAUUACUAAAAGAAUGUUUUGCAGUAAGUGAGGUGGAGUUAAUAGAUUCAUUGUGGUACCGUGGCUUGAAAAUUCUGGUCUUCAACAAUAUGACAGUGUUUAUGAUGGUGUUGAUGAUGAUAGUGUUCUAAAGAACUUUAAUCACCAAUUAUGGUCUUUUAUUGUAAGGAAACAGCUACAUAUUUUCACUCUUGAUAGAGAAAAACAUUUCAACUUAUUUGGUGUUAAAUCUUUAGUUCAUUCUGUUUUACAAUAUUCUUGUCUACAAAAAAUAUAAUAAUUUUCUUUUGUAUGUGUUUGUAUUCUUUGUUUUUCAUCUUAUUAAUCUUUCAUCUAUCUUAGUAAAUUAAUCUUUAUUCUCAUAUGAUAAAGUAAAACAAGAGUAACUCUAAAAGAGAACUGACCAGAAGUAGUUGUUAAUAGUGACUCUUGAUUUUAAUGUCAAACCGGUUGUGAUUUAAAACAGUUGCCUGCUGUAGAACUGCGAUCAACUAAAUGUUUUUGGAUAAUUUAUUUGCCAAGAGUUGUCACCAUUUGUAUGAAAUCAUGUGAAUAUUAUACUAUCAGUAAAUUUGGUAAACAUUUUGACAUUAUUGGAAAUUGUAAUUAAUACAAUUAUGAAACUUGUGUAAACAAUCUUUAAAAAACAAAGUUCAAUGAAUAGUUUUUGCAAUUGGAAUUUUAUAAAGAGAAGCUUAAAAAGUGUAAAUAUCAUAGCAAG